GCAGAGAACAGUUUUGAUUAAAAUCGAAGACUUUUUUCGUUUUUCUAAGAACCAAGUGAAGAAAAUCAUUACUCUGUUCGUUAGUCGUGAUUUGGUAGUGCUUGUCGUUGUCGUCGUCGUCGUCGUUGAGUGUGCGGGCAACCGAAGGAACAACCGAUUACGUGUUACGGAAUAGACUCCAGUGGCAAUUGCUGCUGUAUAAUGGUAUGGGAUGAUGAUUUCAGACUUCCUGAAAAAUAGUGAUACCCCAUCGUCGGAGGCGAAAAAACAACAGUGAAAAAAAAUGGUUUUCAACCUUGACCAGCAGCAGCAGAGUCAAACAUCAUCGACAUUGUCGUCAUCCGCUGUGAAAUUCGGUUUUCACCCUGACGGACGGAUUGGAACAUCGACGUGUGCGGUGGUGGUCGUUGGUGUUGUACUUGUACUUGAGUGAGGUGUCCUUUUGCGGUCGUUUAGCUCGAACGAAUUCCGCGCAUAGGAUAUCCAUUCCCCAUACCUUGCCUACCUGACAAAGUUGCAAAUUAUAAUUGACGUGUUUUGAUACCGAGUAGAGUGCCUGUUGUAAAAAUAAACAGGUAUUGUGGCUCGUGGUGUUGGACGAAAGUGCUACUAUCUAGAAAGUGAUUUGCUGUGCCGUGGUGCAGAGGGCAGAGAGUGCAGUGUAGGGUCGAUUCUUAUCAGUACAAGGGCGUGAAUUGAAUCCCAAUCGAAACCUACACCACCAGCGUUGGAAAUUUCUGCUCUUGUUCUGCCUGCUGGUGGAAGGAACAACAGACAGGGGAAGGGUGUGCGUGCGUAAGAAACGGGAAAUCGUCUACGAUUUACUUACUUGAACGGAACCGAACGGAACGGAAGAAAGGGGGAGCGAUAUUAAAAACGAACACUGCUGGUUAGCUGGGUUGUAAGCUGGAACCAGCGAACGGCAUAAAGUAAACAAUGGGGAGUGUUUGGAAACGGCUGCAGCGUGUUAACAAGCGGGCUGCCAAGUUCUCGUUUACCGUGUCCUACCAUGAGCUGCACAUGGAGACCACUGCCAAAUGGCGUCCGCACAGUCUUCACAUCGUCUGGACACGCCGCUCACGGCGAGUGGUUUCCAACGCUCUCGCCUGGGAACCGGAUCUCGUCAAUCCGGUCAGUAGCACAAUGGCCUGGCCAAUGCCGGACAACCACACGAUAGCCGUCACACUGUUCAAAGAUAUCCGAACGCACGAACUCGAGGACAAAGAUUGGACCUUUGUGCUGGAGGAUGUUUCCCAGCUGGGUAAGAAACGACCGCUAGCGUCCGCCACAAUUAACAUGCGCAAGUACGCCAGUAUAGAGUCGACACAGCAAACGUUUUCGCUGGAACUGAGGCCUGUUUCGAAGAAAAUUGUUUCGGCACAAUUGGAACUGACUUUGAGUUGCGUUUUCCUUCGGGAGGGAAAAGCAACCGACGAAGACAUGCAGAGUAUCAUUUCGCUGAUGUCUGUUAAUAAUGUGACCGAUAUUGCCCCGCUGGACGAUCUGGAGGACAUCCCGGAUUUGGAGAGUUCAAUUGAGAUUUCCGAGCACAUGUUGGAUUUCAGGCAACAACUGGAACAGUUGACCACUAGUCUGAACAGUUCUGAUCUGGCAACGCCAAUGAGUGUUCCCUCUCUCUCGGACGAUCAAACACCGAUAAUUAGUGGGUCGAGAGAUAUGUUCAAAGAGAUUUUGAAUGACCGUGGAUACAUUUCGGUAACUAGCGAGGGUGGCGCAAAAGACCCAGAAGAAUACAAAACAAUACCUCCAGAAACUAAGUUUAACACAGCGCAAGAGAUUCCGACAGAAUUGGAUAGGAGUAGCAGAUUUGAAGAUUUCCAAGACACCCAUAUUCCACACACCGCAAACUCAUUAGACGAAAUCCAAAAAGCGGAAGAUGAACAACUGGAUCCAUUGGAGGCACUCGAAGAAGAAAAGACACCCGUCAAACCUCAGGCUCCACCGCCCGAGCCAGCUCCGGUAGUGCAGAGUCCAACCGUACCAACAGAUAUGGAUAGUGAAUCUUUCAGCAGAAAAUCUCCAGAAGAAAACCAGAACAGCCGAGCAGAGUUGAAGCCACUAAAUCUCAUCAAGAGCUACGAUCACCAACCACCGGAGAAAGUCGUACCGGUCGUAACGAAUCCUCCGGCGGCGGUGGUAGAACAGGAAAUUCCUCCGAUGAAACCAAUUCUACGGGAUAGUACGCCGGGCCAAGAUCUACUCGAGUGGUGUAAGGAGAUCACGAAAACUUACCACGGCGUGAAGGUUACGAAUCUCACCACCAGCUGGCGCAACGGAAUGGCAUUCUGCGCUAUCAUACACCAUUUCUAUCCUAGUCUGAUUGAUAUGACCAAUCUUUCCCCUGGAAAUGUGAUAGAAAAUUGUCGAACAGCGUUUGAUGCAGCAGAAAAACUAGGAAUUCCACGUGUUAUCGAACCACGUGAUAUGAAUAUGCUUGCCGUGCCGGAUAAGCUGGCCGUUAUGACCUAUUUGUACCAGUUGCGAGCGCACUUCACCGGUCAUCAGCUUGAAGUUCACACUAUAGGUGAAACGUCGGACGAUUCCAGCUACGUGAUCGGAAAUUACAAGUCGGACAAGCUGACGAAGGACUUGCUAAACUUGAACGAAAUGAUAACACCACGAGAGGACGACCUGUUGCUGCGGAAAGAGUCCAGUACGGCACAUCUGCUGGCCAACUCGAAGGCACUUCUCGGCAAGAUGCUCUCGCCGGCCAAGGACCGGCUAGCAGCCGGGGCUCAGGAGGAAACGCCUACGACUCUGGACGGUGGUCAACUCAUCGUGAAUGGUUCCUCCGAAGAGGAUCGGUCGGGCAAUUGUGAUGGUGUCAGCAGUGACGUUGGAGGAGGUGGUGGUGGCAGUGAUGACGUUGGAGAAGGUGUAAAUAACAAUAAUAGUUCCAGUGCUGUCAAUAACAAUAGGAUCCGGAGUUACAAUUCCGUGGAAACCAAUGGCGAGCUUGAGGAUGGCGUGAAAAAAUCGGUCAACGACAGCUUGCCCCGGUUAGACACACAAACGGCGAAUAAAUUCUUAAUGCGGCAUAAGGAAAUGAGUGAAAGGGCGAGAGUAAUGAUUGAAAAACUAAGAAGUACUGGUAUUGAUAAAACUGGUGAUAUUGAUACUAACGAACGGCAAGCUCGUUUGCGAGAGCAGGCACGCAAGCUAAUAGCGGAAACCAAAGCUAAAGCACUGAACCUGGAUUCACCUUCGUCGCCAACGAAGAUUAGCAACGCCCAGCGGUUGAACUUUUCGCCCGAACGAACCAUCUCACCGAUCAACAACGUGCCGGAGUUUAUCUUUCCCACAGUUCAACGAAGUCGGCACGGCACCAAGGACUCGCCGCUGCGGAACGUCAGUGCAAUCGACGGAAGCGACGCCAACAGUAACCAUCUGCUGAAGAAAACGUCUCCCUCGCCGAACAAACUGUCGCCCUCGCUGCUGGAGGUGAUUGCGCCGAAGAACGAGGGCCGGGUGGAAAAAGUCAACUACAUUCAAAGCGAGUUGAAUAAAUUGGAGCGUGAGCAGGAGGCGAUUGAUCAGAAAGCAAAUGCACUGGAAAAGAAACUGCGAGCUGUGAUGGGCGGAACAAUGACAAACGUAAGCGAAACUGAAGAUCAACUAAUGUCCCAGUGGUUCACCCUGGUCAAUAAGAAGAACGCUCUGCUAAGGCGUCAGAUGCAGCUGAAUCUACUUGAACAAGAGAAUGAUCUUGAGAAAAAGUACGACAUGCUGAAUCUGGAACUGCGAGCAGCUCUUUCGAUCGAGGACUGGCGCAAAACGGAGGAACAGCGCGAAAAGGAAGCCCUUCUGCUGGCCGAACUGGUAGCCAUCGUGGAUAAACGCAACGAACUGGUUCAGAAUCUGCACAGCCAGGAGCAGGCCAUUGAGGAUGACGAUGAAAUCGAACGGAAGCUGGAAACGGUGGAUAUCAAUCACAAGGAUGAAAAAUGUGUGAUUCAAUAGAGUCGGAUCGGAAGUCAGCUAAGGAAAGUAGCAUAUUUUGAAUACUCAAACAAGUUUGGACUAGAAACUACAGCAAAUCGAAUUUCGUCUUCUAAUAUUUCACGUGAAUCAUUUGUAAAUAGUAGCAGUUUGCGGGACAUUAAACCGCAAAAAAACGAAACUAGCAACACAUACAGGAAUCCACUGUGUCGUCUUAGUUGGUAAUUCUUGGGGCCUCUUAUUAAUCGUUAAAAAAAAAGGAAAGCUCUAAACCAUCGUCUAGGUCCGAGCGCUGCAGAUUCGGUUAGGUUUUUGAAGUCUUCGUGUCAGGCUUUGAAUUCGUCACACACAAUUGAUCAAUUCCGUCCGAGAACUUUGAUUUCCUGCAGUAGAGCGGACUUCCUAGAUGUUCCUUUUUUUUGUUUAAUUGGCUGAGCUUGCUUGGGCUUCGGUGGAGAUUUCAUCAUCACACUAAUUUUUAGCGCUCUAUAGGUUGGGUUGGGUUGUAUAUAUUUGUUAGGCUUGCUUAUAAUGCGAAAACCAAAAAAAGAAAAACGCUCCAAGAUAAUAAAACAUCCGCGACGAAAGCUCCCUACAAGUCAGGAGCACAAUUUCACAGUGAAUAAGUUUUAAGUUGCAUCGCUUCAACUUUCAAAUCAAGUAGGUUGAGUAGAACUUUUGAUCAACUUAUGUCUAUAAAUAGGCAGUUCUAGGUGGGUAGAAAACCUUGCGAACACCGGACUGUUAUCGUGUGAUCGUAGCAAUGGCAAGAAACCAGUUUGAUAUGAACAAAUCGCUUUCGUUUUAAAAUGGUGAUUAUUCGUGAUAAUGAUUAAUAUAUCCAAAACACAUUUAUUUUUAUAUGCUACCUUUUACUAUGUAAGUAAGAUUGUACUCUAUUUUUAAACUACUUGAUAGCAAACCUUGCGGGGUUGCAUCCUGAAACAAACAAUUUGUACCAGGAUGUGUGAGCUUUCGUUUGGUAACGCUCCCAAACUAUCAGAAGAGAGAAAAAAAAAUUCAAGAACAAACAAAAACGAAUACAAAUAAAAAUAUUCUAGUCAUUCGAGUGUAUUGUAGAUAAAGCAACUAAACUAAUUGUAAAGCUAGUAUUAUUAAUUUAAUUAACAAAACCAACAUACGACGCAUGAAAAGCUAUAGAGAGAUCACAUACGCAAUAAUGGUCUUUUCUUUUCAUACAUAGAAAGCGCGCAGGAGUUGCUGAAACACUUGCCACUAUACCAGAUGAGUGUUGAUUGCAAUUUUAAUUUAUUGUAUACAUUUCUCUGACCCUCCCCGAUUCGGAUGAUUAAACGAGACAUGCAUUAUGACUAUUCUAGGGAUUCAUAUGGAGAA